AUUUCCCUCCAAUGCAAAACCCCAAAACCCAAAUUCGCAGACUCUUCUCUCUCUCUUUCUCUCUCAAACCAAUUCCUUGAAAGUUUGAAACCCCCAAAAAAAACAAAAAAAUUCCUACAUGUUAACUCUAUCGAGAAUGAAAGCACUUCUCUCUCCUACUCUCUCCUCGGCCCACCCCACUCGACACCUUCUAUUUCACUUCAAACCUCUGCAAAACCCUAAUUCCUUCCAAGUCAAAGCCGCCCUGCCCUCAAACUCCAUCAAAGCUCUCAAUUUGCACACGGAGGCCUCUCAGUCGCCUUGUGGAGAAAUCCACGUCAUCGUGGGCCCCAUGUUUGCCGGAAAAACAUCCACUCUUCUCCGCCGGAUCAAGUCUGAGAGUAGCAAUGGCAGUUUUCAGGUCAAGGUCCUCGAGAACUCCACCCAUUUAGAUAGGACAUUAAGGGGUCAUUGUUUCUCAGGAAGAUUGGAUGAAGCAGUCCGCUUAGUCUGCAGUGCAGGAACACAGGUGUAUCCAGAAACCUAUUCUCUUCUUUUACAAGAAUGCAUAUUCAGGAAACAAUACAGACUUGGAAGGAGAAUUCAUGCACAAAUGGCGGUUGUUGGCUUUGUUCCCAACGUAUAUUUGAUAACCAAAUUGUUAAUAUUGUAUGCAAAGGCAGGGGAUCUAGAAACGGCGAGCAUUCUGUUCAAUGAAUUGCCAGAGACGAGCUUAAUUUCAUGGAAUGCAAUAAUCGCAGGGUAUGUGCAAAAAGGUCUUGUAGAAAUAGGAUUGGGCCUUUACUACAAGAUGAGAGAUAGUGGUGUGGGACCAGAUCAGUACACCUUUGCAUCAGUCUUCAGAGCUUGUGCCACUUUAGCGACACUGGAGCAAGGGAAGCAAGCCCAUGGCAUCUUUAUAAAGAGUCAUAUAAUUGGAAACGUUGUAGUUAAUAGUGCCCUCAUGGAUAUGUACUUCAAAUGCAGCUGUCCCUCUGAUGGGCGGCUUGUAUUUGAUAAAUCUGAGGACCGGAACGUGAUUACAUGGACUUCUUUGAUAUCUGGAUACGGCCAAAAUGGGAGUACCAAAGAAGUUUUACAGUCCUUCCAAAGGAUGAUAAAUGAAGGUUACAGGCCCAACUAUGUUACAUUCCUAGCUGUCCUUUCUGCUUGUAGCCAUGGAGGGUUAGUGAGUGAAGGCUGGGAGUAUUUCUCAUCAAUGAGAAGAGAUUAUGGUAUUCAACCAAGAGGGAAACACUAUGCAGCAAUGGUUGAUCUUUUAGGUCGUUCUGGGAGGUUGCAAGAAGCCUUUGAUUUCGUUCAAACCUCACCCUAUCAAGAGCACUCAGUGAUAUGGGGUGCUUUGGUUGGUGCUUGCCGGAUUCAUGGAAACAUGGACAUGGUGAAGCUUUCUGCAAAGAAGUUUUUUGAGUUGGAACAGGAGAAUGCUGGGAAGUAUGUAGUCUUGUGUAAUGCUUAUGCUACUUAUGGUUUAUGGGACAGUGUUGCAGAGAUGAGGGGACAGAUGAAGGAAUUUGGGAUGAAAAAGGAACCUGGUUACAGCAUGAUUGAGGUUCAAAGGGAGGCCCACUUCUUCUUUAUGAGCGAUAACUCUCACGAGCAAACUGUGCAGUUACAGGAUUUAGUUAAUGAUUUGACUUGCAUUUUAAAGGACGCUGGUUAUGUUCCUGACUUGAGCAGUUGGUGGGAGUAGAACUUGGCUAAGUUUGUCUAAAUUUAACUUGUAAGAAGCGGCUUAAUCUUGUUUUUGCCUUUUAUAAGAUGCCUAGUUUCUUGGUAGCCAAACCUUAAACUUUGACUAUAGUGGGACAUUACAAGUGAGCAUUAGUUUUCUUUGCAUGCGCCCCCACCCAUGUCUUGGGCCGUUAAGCUGAUGAGCAAUUAUAGCCUAUUUUUGGUGUUAUGCAAUUGAAGCAAGGUGUGGUAGAUGUGGAGGAGGAUGCAAUGUACAGUGCACUUGUCCUAACAUGCCAACCUAGGUUAGCAGCAUAAAUGCUGAUUGACAAUUAUUUGUUCUGUAAUAAAAAGUUGUUUAUUGA